GGCCCGGCGGACGCGCGGGCGGGCCGGCUGACCAGCAGACGUGUGGACCGGGGCCGGGAACCGGGGAACCGGCGGGCGGACGAGCCCGCGCCCGGAGCCGCCGGCAUGACGGGCCGCGUGUGCCGCGGUUGCGGCGGCACGGACAUCGAGCUGGACGCGGCGCGCGGCGACGCGGUGUGCACGGGCUGCGGCUCGGUGCUCGAGGACAACAUCAUCGUGUCCGAGGUGCAGUUCGUGGAGAACAGCGGCGGCGGCUCGUCGGCCGUGGGCCAGUUCGUGUCGCUGGACGGUGCUGGCAAAACCCCAACCCUGGGUGGCGGCUUCCAUGUGAACCUGGGAAAGGAGUCGAGAGCACAGACCCUGCAGAACGGGAGGCGUCAGAUCCAUCACCUGGGGAACCAGCUGCAGCUGAACCAACACUGCCUGGACACAGCCUUCAAUUUCUUCAAGAUGGCCGUGAGCAAGCACCUGACCCGCGGCCGGAAAAUGGCCCAUGUGAUCGCGGCCUGCCUCUACCUGGUGUGCCGGACGGAAGGCACACCACACAUGCUCCUCGACCUCAGCGACCUGCUCCAGGUGAAUGUUUACGUGCUGGGGAAGACGUUCCUUCUCUUGGCGAGAGAGCUCUGUAUCAACGCACCAGCAAUAGACCCGUGCCUGUACAUCCCGCGCUUCGCCCACCUGUUGGAGUUCGGGGAGAAGAACCACGAGGUGUCCAUGACGGCCAUGAGGCUCCUGCAGCGGAUGAAGAGGGACUGGAUGCACACGGGCCGGCGCCCCUCUGGCCUCUGUGGGGCAGCACUUCUAGUUGCAGCCAGGAUGCACGAUUUCCGGAGAACCGUCAAAGAGGUCAUCAGCGUGGUCAAGGUGUGCGAGUCCACACUGCGGAAGAGGCUCACGGAGUUUGAAGACACCCCCACCAGCCAGCUGACAGUGGAUGAGUUCAUGAAGAUCGACCUGGAGGAGGAGUGUGACCCCCCUUCGUACACUGCCGGGCAGAGGAAGCUGCGGAUGAAGGAGCUUGAACAAGUCCUGUCAAAACAACUGGAGGAAGUAGAAGGUGAAAUAUCCAGCUAUCAGGAUGAAAUUGAGAUUGAACUAGAAAACAGCCGGCCAAAGGCAAAGGGGGCCCUAGCCAGCCUGACAAAAGAUGGCUCCGCCGACGACACCACAUCCAGCGUAUUUGGCGAGGAGGAUGGGGAGGAUGAGGAGCUGGAGGCCGCAGCCAGCCACCUGAACAAGGACUUUUACCAGGAGCUCCUCGGCAGCGGCAUUCCUGGCAGCUCAGAGGCGGCAGGAAGCCCUGAGCGGGGCAGCAGGCCUCCCGCCCUGGAGUCCCUGCUCGGCCCCCUGCCCACGGCGGCCAGCCUGGGCAUUUCAGACUCCAUCCGAGAGUGCAUCUCCUCCCAGAGCCGCGACUCCAAAGAUGCUUCUGGGGACGGCGAACUGGACCUCAGUGGCAUCGACGACCUGGAGAUCGACAGGUAUAUCCUGAAUGAGGCUGAAGCCCGCGUGAAGGCCGAGCUGUGGAUGCGUGAGAACGCCGAGUACCUGCGGGAGCAGAGGGAAAAAGAAGCAAGAAUAGCAAAGGAGAAGGAGCUCGGCAUCUACAAGGAGCACAAGCCCAAGAAGUCUUGCAAACGGCGGGAACCGAUCCUGGCCAGCACGGCUGGAGAGGCCAUCGAGAAGAUGCUGGAGCAGAAGAAAAUCUCCAGCAAGAUCAACUACAGCGUGCUCCGCGACCUCAACAGCAAGGGCAGGGGCCUGCAGAGGGAGGAUGCGCGGCCUGAGGACAGGGCCAGCGCCAGGAAACUGUCACGGAGGAAAACGCCGGCCAGCAGGAGCAGGGCUGACCCUGUGGCCAGCGUAGGGAAAAGGUUGAGGCCAAUGGUGUCAACGCAGCCGGCUAAGAAGGUGGCUGUGGGAGAGGCCUUGCUCCCAAGCUCCCCUGUUCCGGGAGCCGAGCCUGUCAGGCCUGCGGCGGUUGUGGUGGAGAGUGGACCUGUGUCAUACCACCCCGAGGAGGACCCCGACGAAGAGGACCCUGACGAGGAGGACGGAGAGCCCUGCGUCAGCGCCCUGCAGAUGAUGGGCGGCAAUGAUUACGGCUGUGACGGUGAAGAUGACGAUGGCUACUGAGCUGUGACCUCGCAUCCAGGCAGUGUCCUGGUGGGACACCCUGCUGGCGCCUCGGGAGGGAUCCGGGGGCUCUGGGGCCAGGGCCUGCAGGCGUGAGCACUGAGACGCUUGGUGACGAGACAGGCGCUGCCCUGCCUGCUCCGCAGUCCUCGUCCAUGGCCACACGUGGCCUUUGUAGCACUUGCUGUUGGGACUACGUUUUGAGCACUGUAAGAAGUGUUUGCCCGGCUAGGGGGACCAGACGGACUGUCUGCAUGUGUCUG